CAGUUACGUGCCGCACGGAGUAACCUCGAUGCACCUGGAGAUCUACGACGAGUGCUCCUUCACCGACGACCAGCUGGUCGCGCAGGCCACCAUUCAGAUUCCGGACUGCGUCAUCACCGGCGGAGAGACCUCAGAUGACUGGCACCCGCUCUCGGGCAAACAGGGCGACGGCAAGGAGGGCAUGAUCAACCUCAUCAUGAACUACACGCCGAUGUCGGGUGACAUGAGCGUGCCGGCGAUGCCCGGUCAGAUGCCGGUGAUGGUGGCACCCCAGCCCUACAUCGGCCUCAUGCCCACCAUCGGCGUACCCGUCUACUCGGCGCCGGCCGUGCCCACGCCCCAGGCGCAGCCGCCGGCCCGGCCGCCGCCCGUCACUCCCGAGGACGUGGCCCAGCUGAAGGAGAUGUUCCCGGCCAUGGAUGACGAGAUCAUCCGCUCUGUGCUGGAGCAGCGCGGCGGCGAUAAGGGCGCCGCCACCACCAGUCUCCUGGAGCUCACCGAGACGUAGUGGGGCGCUGCCGCCGGCCCGGCCACGUCUGUGUGUCUGUCUGUGUGUGGCCGGGGCUGUGAGGUCGGGGUGAGCCGGUCGUCCCAUAUCGCCCGGUGUUUCCUCUUCAGAGCGGGGCUGAGUGACUGCCGUGGUGAGCUCGAUGGGAGUUAUUGAGCUCACUGAGGGUGCGAUUCAGAGUAUGCACAUUGCACAGCGGUUUAAGUAACGCCGCUGUACCGCGGUGUAUGUCUUACUCGGAGCUUAUUGGACGUCCUGACGUUCGUUUGUGUCGAAAUCUCCCCGGGCUGCUAUGCCUCGAUGUGGCUUCUCAUGAUCCACGCCUUGCUACUCCGCUUUUUAAACCACCUCUGACCUCGCUUGGUCACUAAACUGCGUAGUGCGUAGUGUACUUAAUGCGCACCUUUUCUUGCCUUCAAUUUCUACCCAAGAUACCGCUGAUGUUCAGAGUUGUUUGAAGUUUGUUGGCUUGGAAUGUGCUGUGGUUUUCUUCUUAUUUUGUCAUUUCAAACUAGCUGUCCGUUUUACGAAUCGGACAUGAUCGUCACGAUUGAACGAAGCGUGCGUCUCUCAAACCACCCCUCUGACGCUGCUCUGGAUGCCCGAGUCUCGCUCUUGUAACGCCCAAUGACCCGGGCGGACUGCCAGCCGGCCGGCCACUAACCCCAGCCUGUAACUGCACUGUUACCUCCCGCCCCGCACGCCAUGCUUUGUGAUGGGUUUCUGUAGGGGCCAGACGCCUCAGUGAGUUUAUCCCACUGUGAGCCGCGCGUUCUAAUUGUUUAUUGGUUUGAAUCAAAAUGGAUAUGUUAUAUUCAUACAUCGAGGAGGCAUCUAUAGACGCUAUUUUUGUAUCUGUGAUUAUCAUGGGCGGCUGUUGUGUUCAACGCUCGGCUAACUGCUGUAAAUAGUGCUUCAGAGUCGUGUACGUAUAUUCACAAGUAUAAUAAAUUUGCACGUAAGA